UUUGGGAUUUCCCACGCUUUGUUUUUGACUGAUGGCUCUACAACGGAAUUGUCGAUGGCUCUCAUAUAAAUAGAUCACCAAAAUGUGAAAGAGCCAGCGUUUAGAGUGCUAUAAGUUAUAACAGUAGGAAACAUUACACCAUUCUGUCCUCAGGACUGGGCAAAAGAAAGGAAGAACGCAGUUGCAUAUUAAUAGUAUAUUGGUACAGAGCCGUGGCAUUGCUUUAAAACUGUAGACAAAGAAAGUGCAUCAAACUGUAGACAAAGAAAGUGCAUCAAACUGUAGACAAAUUAGUGAACUACAAAAUACAGACCACAGUAAAUUGGACAACAGGAAAAGACCAAUGUCGUGAUUGUGUUCAAACUUUUUCAGCAGGGCUGAUUCAGUGAAGGAUCUUCCCUGUUAGGGAUAAUAAUGUUAGAGUGAAUCAACACCUGAGCACUCUCUAUUUGCCAGAAGAGAAAUAUCUGUAAAAAACAAAGCUUUGACAUGGCAACUAGAAAUGUAGAUAAUGCACUUCUAGUACAAGAAAAUGCAGAUAUUAAGGAUGAGCAGCCCAAUGUUGACUUGAAGAGACAGUUUGCAGGAGAUGAAAAAUGCUUAAAAAUAGUUAAAGAGCAGGAAGGAUCCAGAGAGCAAGUUGAUGGAAAGAGUGACAAACACUCACAUACUCCUAUUACACAGGAUGAACAAGACACAGAAUUGAGAAUUCUUGAAGCUGUAACAUUGCAUGAAAAUGACACAGCAUCUAAUAUAGAUAAAGAAAACACUGGCAAUAACGUUGAUGAUUGUGCAUAUAGUCAGGAGCAAACAAUCAUUAAUGCUGAAAGUGAAAACAGUGGUAAAGCAGUGGAAAAUGUGAAUGAAAUAGGUAAUGAACAUGUUGAAAAAUGUAUAGAGUCUGAAUCUGAUGAAGAGCUUGCUGAAAUUAAAGACCAAUCUUCAACAGGAAAAUCAGGUAUUCCUUGCGUGCUUGAACAAACUGGUGGUAGUGAAUAUGGAUCUGACUGUCUAGAGAAUGAGAUUGUCAGUCAUAUCAAAAUACUUAAUGAGAAUGAUGCUGUUAAAGAUAGUACAUGUGAAGAAAUGACUGAAGAAAAGAUUGAUGCAGAAGUUAGAAAAUUUGAGGAAAAGGUUAGUGAGGUAAAGAUAAUCAAUGCUGACAGUAAAUCUGAGAUGGGCAGAUUUAAUGCUUGCUGUCAAAAUGGAGAAAUUGACAAAGUAGAGGGAGAAAAGAGCGCUGUUGGCAAAGAUGAUCCAGCUGAAGUAAAUUCAAAAUUGUGUGAAAAAGCAGAAAGAUUCGUAAACAGUUUUGUUCAGAGAGUAAAAGUUGCAUAUAAACUCUACAGAGGAUGUACAGAGAACUUUUUCUUUCAGACUGUCUUUGUACUCACCAUUGUAUUCCAGCGCAAUAAUCCAGAGUUCUUUCACUUUGGAAAUCCCAUCUUGAACCAGUUCCAUGCAGAUUUGAAUCAAACACCUCACAAUGGUUUCCAAGAAAACAGUGUUUUCCCUGUUCUUGGAAACAGCUCAGCACCUCAGGCAAUAAGUAUAUAUCUUCCAGAACCUAAUCUUCCAAUGAGAACGGACAUUGUAAGGUCCGUAAACAUUGAUACAUUAGGUAUUACCUUUAGGCCAGAUUUUGAAAAUACAGCAAACUCUGGAAGCAUGGACAGGUCACAGCCCAGAGUGGACAGCUCUCAGUAUUUACAGCAUACUGGUACAGGCAGUGGUGGUCAUCAAAGCAAUGAUGAAGUGCAGAGAUCUUCAGAGUUCAUCAGUAUUUCAAGUUUACCAAUGACAGCCACUGUUAGAGAAGGCGAGAAUGAUUCCAGACAAGUUCAAAGAUGCACACAAAUAAAUGAUGUUCCAGCACUCCCUGUUCCUAACCAGCUGAGCUUAGAUGAGGGCAGCACAAAUAGGAAGGAGACACAGCCAGUGAGGAAUAUCUUCACAAAUGUAAUACAAAGCAGGCAAUCUGCAGAUGGAAGUCCAUCGUCUGCAUCCACCAACUUGAUAGAUAGAAACAUACCAACAGUUGGCACAUAUAGUCUGGAAAGAAUACCAGAAUAUGCAAGUCAUCUCUCCAACAGUGUCUCAGAACAACCUUCUCAACAAAUCAGUGAUGAUAUGGUGUUUGGGGAGGAACAGAUGACUAAUAUAUUAGCUCGAGCAAGAACGUUUGAUGACAGAUGGCCACACCGUCAUUUGAACCCUGGUGAUAUGGCCAGGGCUGGCUUCUUUUUCACUGGUAAGUUCCAGAAACAUAAAUGAAGCUCAGUAUAUGCU